UAUAGUGCGAUUGAUUUUGCUCGUGCUAUUGCUGGCCGUUUAAGUUAUGGUGUUCUGGAAAUUGAAUCGCCAUUUGAUCGUUUCUUGGGUGGAGAGGAGAUUUUGCGAAAGUUCAUGCAUGUGGGGUAACAGUGACAGCGAAUUGACGGUAUAG